CAUAUAACCGUAAAUAAAAUGUGUUGAGUGCAUCAUUAAAUAAAACAUUUCUUUCUAAUAGCUGUUGAUUAAUAAAUCAGUGUGCUCUGUUGGUGUAAUUAAACAAAACAAACUUAAACAGUACUUGAACUUUCACUUUUCAAAUAGCUUACAACUGACACUGAUAAAAAUUUGUAAAUCAAAAUAUCUGUUCUGUUUAUAUUCUAAAAAUUAUCGCUACACCGAAUGAAUGGUGGGUGGGGUUGGAGUCAUACAGGUUAUCAUUUGAUGUAUUGUAGGCCUGGAAAAUGGCAGCAUGUAACAACUUGGACAGCAUUGAAUACAAUGUAUGUUUUCACUUGAUAUAUAUCUAUGCUUUUGUAAAGAGGACGGACAAUUGUCACCAAAAUAACACUAAAACGAAACCCCAGGUAUUGAAUAAAUGUAGCAAUAUAAAUUAACCUUGUACCACAUAUUGGCAUAUAAAUAAACCUGUUGUGUAUGAUUGGAACUGUUUUUGUAUUUUUUUUCUCCAUAAGCCUGCUGUGUACAAUUGGAAUUUGUUUUUGUUUUUUUUCCCCCAUAAGCCUGUUAUGUAUGAUUGGAAAGUUUUUUUUCUCACUUUUUCCCCCCUCUUUCUCUCUCUCUCCUUUCAUCAUUGAGGUGUGAUUGUUAUGUCCAUGCCUGUUAGAGCUGUGAAAACGUGGUCGCUGAGCUAUGGCCGUUCCCACUGAGUGGUCACUCAAUGCUCGCUAGUAUUGAAUAGUGAACACACUACAGGUUGACUGGGUCCUGCCAUGCUGAACUGAGCAGAUAAUUAAAGGCUGGCGUUAACCUAAUAUAAUGCCUUUUGGAUCGGCAGCCGGUUUUCACCGCAUAGCCACCACCAGCACCAGCACCAGCACUACCACUACCACCAGCAGCAGCAACAGCACAAGGUUUCGUCAUCUCUUUAACAUGGGAGGUAAUGCCUUCUAGCCUGCGCCGGUGUUCUGAUUGGCAUUUAUGUACUCGCUGCACAAGUCAACAAUGGUAUUAAUUUUUAGCUGGCCACGGUAUAAUCGGCUAUUGCCGGUCGGCACAACCAGUGUUUGGACGACCACAUAAGCUGAAGAACUUUGAAAAUGUCCGAUUGAAUUUGAAUCAGUCAGGGUCCACUUUCCGACGAAACCAACAUGAGCAGCUUGUGCAAAAAAUCAGAUCACAGAAAGAGGUCAUAAAGGUGAAAGUGAAGUCAUCACCACAACCAAAGUCUGAUGGACGAGACAGAUCAAAACAGACUGAAAGACAACAUAACUGUUCCAACAGAGUCCAAGCAGAGGGACGUUAAAAAGAGCCCAAAACAGUCCAAAGAUGGAGCAUUGCAAGACAGUGGCAAACAGUCCAUAGAAGACUGCCGUGUGGCAUGCCAGACUAAGAAAGCAGGAGCCACACAGUCGAAGCAGAAGACGCCGCGGCAGACGAAAUCUCCGAAUUCCUCCAAGAUGAACGCAUCGCAGAGAGUGAAACGCAUCGGGCGGAUCCGCCCUGCCGCGACCCACUCGCCCGUGCGGGAGCAGGACAACGAGGAAGACGACGAAGACAGGGAGAAGGACGUGCCGGUGGACCUCGCCGACCUGCCCUGGCACCAUGCACAGCUGUACAGGCUCUAUGGAGAGGAGGCCGACUAUUUCAUACACCCCAAGCUGGAGCCGAAGGGGAACAAACCCUUCAGCCCCAAACUGAAGGCCAGUAUAGGUCAUAUUGGGGCCGCAGAUCUGUGGGCAACGCUACGGUCAGAAUCCAUGGAUAAACUGCUUCGAGAGGACUUGAGAUUCCCACAUGAACUCAAGGAGGCGUACAGUGCUUUUGUCCGGGAAUCGCUGUCCAAUCGCAAAGACCCAGUGAAGAGAAGCUACUGUGCAACAGAAGACGUUCCGGAGAUGGACCGUCUGAUGGACCGGUCUACGUUACACCGAAUCCACAUGGCCCGCCACCGCCAGGAGCUGAUGUACCGCGCAUCCAAACGCAACCACUCGACGAUGGCCAUCCUCAUGUACAACAACCCUCUGCCAGACGUAAACCGACAUGACUACGGUAUCAGCCGCUACUACACCUCACUGGAUCAAGAUUUCUCGGAACUUCCUGACUUGGAAUAUAAAGAUUUUGUAGUGAACAAAACGAAAGAACUGGAGCAGAAAAGUAGUUUUAAGUUAGUGAGUCCAAGACCAUCAUCCCUCAGAUCUGUGAGUAAACCAGAUGAGAAAAGUAGUGUGAGGUUACUGAGUCCAAGGCCAUCAUCCCUCAUAUCUGUGAUUAAACCAGAUGAGAAAAGUAGUGUGAGGUUACUGAGUCCAAGACCAUCAUCUGUUGUAUCUGUGAGUAAGCCAGACCACAACCUCCAAAUCAACCCUAAACCCGAGAGGCCACAACUACCAAAGAUACAGUUUCUGACCGAAGAAACAACUGUGGAGCCUGGUCAUUUUAGGGAGAAAUUCCAGCAGAAGAAACCAGCAGGACUGCCGAAGGAACACAAGCCACAAACCAGCAUGGGCUUCCAGCAAAACGCACAUGAUAAAAUGGAGCGGUGCCGUUCAUUGGCAUCAGUACAAAGUAUGCGGAAGUGCACGUCCGACUGGCAGCCUCUGACGAUGAAUGCGUUGAUGGAAUACAAGCAGAACGUUGAAGUGGAGGGAGAGGGCCAGUUCAACCAGGGGAAACCCAAGCUGUGGCCAGUGUCACUUAAAACAUAAACUUAAUGUCUCAUCAGUUUUAUUGGGGAAAAUCUAAUAAAAUCAAAUUCAUGGAAAAUUUAUACGAUUUAUUUCUCUGGCCCCUGUUUCAUUCAAGCACGCCAGAGUUAUUGGAAGACUGCUUAAAGCAAUUGUUAUUUACGAUAUACAAACAAUAUUGGAAACAGAAUACGUUAUUUAGAAGAAUAAUUUGCAUACCUUAUUAAAGUAUGGUUAUUUGUCACAGUUGUUUUGCUAUACUGGUACUAAAACAAUUUUACAUCAGUACUAGAAGGUGGGGUUUUUUUUUGCUUUUUUAAAGUUAACAGACUGUUGGGAAAAUAUACAACUUCUGUUGAAAUUAAUACUUUUCAAAUAAAUACAUAAUAUACAAUUUCUAUUGAAAUGAAUAUUUUCCAUUUAAAAAAAAAUACAGAUUCAAUUUCUGUUGAAAUGAAUACUUUCAAAUAAAUACCUCUUCAGGUAAAAACAAAAAGAAAAAAAAAAAGAAAGAAAAAAAAGAGUUGACUGUAUUUAUUUAAUAAUACUGAUUAGUCAAUAUACACUUUAUACCAAAAAGCCAAACAAACAUGUAUUUUAAUCACAAUAAGAAUUAUUCUAAAUUAUUUUGUUAUGUGGAUGUUUCAAUAAUAAAUAAAAUGAUAUAAACCAUGUUAUGAAGUCAACUUCACUGUUAUGCAGUGCCAUGAAACUGAAUACUGAAGUCAAAUGGGACACAGUUUACUACAUUAUGCUAUUCUAUCCCAUGCUUCCUUUGCAUUAUCAUACAUUUUCUACAUCUAUAUUCUAUUUUAUACAAGUGCAAAAUGAAUAACUAGAUCAAAACACUUUUUAAAUGUAUAUAUUUUAAUUAAUAUAUUUUGUAUAAGUAUUAUUAUCUGUAUAAAGCUUCCUUGUAAAAUGUCUCUUUUCUUUAUUUUUACUUGAACCAAAAAAAAUAUUGUUGUUUUGUAUAUGACAAGCUAUCUGUGAUAUUUACAUUUUGCUAGUAAUGGAAUGAUAGUACAUGUAUAAAGCAAGCUAUCAUGUAUGGUUUUCUUGAGGCCAAAAUAUCAUGUCAAUAAUACAUGUAUAUUUUUUUAAAGCUAAAACUCUGUAUUUAUACGGACAAACAAAAAAUAUACCACCCCUCAAAAAAUUAAAGUUCCCUCUUUUUUUCAGAAUAUUGUAUGUUUUUGUCUUUUAAUUUCCCUGUUCUUUACACUGUGUUUCAAAGGGACAUAUCCUAGUUUUUAAACACUAAGGCAUAUUUUUUACUAUCAUAGUCGUUACUGAUAACUUGAAUCACACUUUACUUAGAUUUUAUGAUUUAGAUUAUCAAUGUCCGUACAUUUGAUGUUUUUGGUAAAAAAUGCAUUUCUCAUAUUUUUAUAAACGCACGUGCGUCUGAGAAGUAACAGUUAUGGAGUCGAGUUUUAGUCUAUUUUUAGAAGGGAUUUUACCAUUUCAAAGUCACAGACUCAUGUUUCACUCAAUUGUAACUUUAUCCAAAUGUGUUGCAUGUUUGUAGAUUAAUUAAAGUUAGUGUUAAUUUUCACGGGUUGAAACUAGGGUCUGUCCCUUUAAUUUAACUGUUGAAUUUUAAUAUAGAUAUUGAUGAUCACUUUCUUUUUGCAUUUACCAUAGUUUGACACCCAAUAGAUGGUGUUUUUUUGUCAUGCUGGGGUGUCGUUAAACAUCUAUUCUAUUUAAUUUCCCCCUUAUUUUAGCCCAUGAUAUUAUAUUACCAGUAUCCACUAGUAAAUUAUUGUCAUAUAUAUAUAUACAUAAACAUUUUGCAGAUUGGCUGAUACAUGAAUUGUGUUUAAAAAAUAUACAUGGCAAUUUUGUCCAAACUUUUACAAUUAAUAUACCAGCCAUAUAUUGUCCACACAUCCGUCCUCUUGUAAUUCUAACUUUGGGCAUCACUAGUCAGACAACUUCUAACCAAGCAGGGGCCUAUUUCACAAAACAUCUCAAGUUUACGUCUGCGACUAGCAGUUAAUACCGGGAAUAUAUUUACAAGUGCAGGGAUAUGAGAGCUAUGCGGAAAUGCGCUUUUCCAUUUCGUCUAAAAAAACAAACCCAAAACAUGAUGUUCAAUGCUGUUGAUCAUACAAGGUUCAUUUGCAUAUUUUCACGGUUUCAAGUUUUAUGAUGUGUGCCAUGUAUUAUAAGUUAUAACCAGUUUAGAUUUGUUAGCAUUGAAUGCAAUUUUUGGCAGUUCCAGGGGUUGCAAACAACAUUUUUGCCUCGGGGGCCCAUGAACGGCCCCUGGAUCCCAGCCCCUCUCACAUCCCUGCAAGUGUUUGGCAUCUAUUUCACGAAGAAAAUUACAUCAUUACAGAAGUUGGAACAUUUAAAGGGCAACAGAAAAUGAAAUAUGUAUACUUUUAACUAUAUUUGUUGUACUAUAAUAGUAAUAAAAAUUGUGGUUUAGUCAUAGAUUUACGUUUACGUGCAAAACUAGGCUUACGAUGUUUUGUGAAAUGACAGAUCUGAUUAUUUUAUAAUAUAUUGAAUUAUUUGUGACAUACAAAUGGCUUACAUUCAGUUACAAAACAUGUUAAAAAUAUUUUAAAAAUCAAACCUGAAUUCAAAUAUUGCACAAUUAGUAAAGCUUACUUUUUCCUAUCUUAUCAAUAUGUAAUUUGAAAAUAUUUUUAAUAUAUCUUUGUUAUGUUUACAAAGAAUUCCAGUUCACAACUGUGACACUUUAAGAAAGAUGACAGAUCUUUAAGUUGUAUCUAUGGUAUACAUGUACAUAUUGUGAAAUUUUACCAUUUUAUCCAACAGUGAAAUGAUCCCUUUUCAAACCAGCAUUUUAAUUUUGGCACUUAAUCUGAUAGAGUAUUCACCAAUAUGGUAACCUCUAUAUAUAUAUAUGUCAGUGAUUAUAUAUCGAUAAAUAAAUAAAUAAAGUUAUCAGUAAAUGUUUGUGCUUGCAUUCAGUUACAAAAUGUGUUAAAAAUAUUUUAAAAAUGAAACCUAAAUUAAAAUAUUGCACAGUUAGUAAAGCUUACUUUUCGCUUGAUACAGUUUGAAAGUAAAAGUGGCCAAACAUUUUGUAUGUUAAAUUACUUUACUUACAUGAUAAUUAUAAAUAAAGUCUUACAAAUUGUACAAAAUGGGCUAACUGAAGUAAAAAUGUAAUUUACAGUUUAUACUCUAUUUACAUAGAGGGGGUUUGGAGGGUAAUUUUGUAUAUAUUACAGUGUUUCCGUCCACAACAUGGUACCAUGGUGUCCACACUAUUUACUGAUUCCUGGUGCUAUGUGGAAUCGGCCUACAGGCUAGAAAUGUGUGUUACGUUUUGUUACGUUUUGUCUUCAAUCUGUUUACAGGCUAGACGUAUCUUGUAUACUUGUGUUUUUGUAUCCAUCUUUAAGUUUGAAAUUUUUACGUAUGAUGUCUUGUGUUGAAUCAGUCUUAAAGAUGGAUUUAUGUUUUCUUAUUGUAAUAUUUAUCCUGACUUGAAACUAUUGUUAGCAAAAAAAACAAGAAUGUUUUAAAAACAAAACAACUAUAGUCCGUCCCAUCCUAUAAAGAUUGUUUUGUUUUUUAAUAAUUUGAGUUUGGUUUGAUGUAAGAAAAAAGUAAAAGUGUUUUGGAAAUAAUAAAAAAAAUACUAUUUUUGUGUGUAAUUUAGAAAACAAUCGGCUAAAAAAUAAAUAACUUGUAGUAAAUUCCAUAGUAUGAAAAAAAGGCAUUCCCUGUGGGAAGGACUAUAGAAACAAACCACACUGCCCAACUCAUCCCCACUCCUCAAAGACUCCAAUCCGAAAUAUGUUUAUUAUUGUGAGUGUAGUUAGGGGAGGUAACCACUAUAUUACCCUAUUCAAACCAUGCUCAUCUCAGUACAUUUAUCUCCUGAUAAAUUAAAGAAAAAGAAAAAAGAAGCAAAAUUAACCAGGUCAUAUGACAGGAAAAGUGAUCCAGCAAUAGAAUUCCUUCUGAUUGUCUGUUGAUAAAUUGGACUGAAUUCAUCUUAUUGAGGAAAAUUGCAUAAUAGUUUGAGGUCAGGAUAGGUGAUCUUUCUAAUGAGAGAAAAUAUAAAAAUGUUUGUGCUUUCUUUUCUUGUAUUGAAUUUGUGUUGACUGCCUGUAAGCUGAAAAUAUAACAAUUAAAAAUGUUAUCUUGCCUUGAAUGUACAAGCUUGCAAUGUACGUAUUUCAUAAUGUAAAAAAUGUACGAGCUAAUAAUGUGAAUACAUAUAUGAAUGUAAAAAUAUACUAGCUUGCAAUGUGCAUAUAAAUGAAUGUAAAACUUUACAAGCUUGCAAUGUGUAUAAAUGAAUGUAAAUCAGUUAACAUGUUACAGAUAUGUGGUUUUAUUUUAUAUAUAUUUUUUGACUGAAGGCAAAUAUAAACUCAUGAAAAAAGGUUCCUGUAGAUGUAUUGCACAAGGUAUGUGUUUAACAGUAAUGAAGGAAAUAUCCAAUUGUUUUAAAAUUAUUUACUCUAUUUUGUGAACAUUAUGUAAGAAUUUAUACAAUUACGGUGUGUCCAUGCUAGUCACAAAUUUCAACCAUUUACAAAGUUUACAGUUGGUUAAGAUUAUUUUUAUUUCACACACAGGAACCUUUUUCCAUGAGUAAAUAUAUUUUUCUGUGAUGUAUUAUGAAACAGCCCACUUCCAGGCAAUAGUAUUUUCUACAUGAAGUCAUUGUAUUAAAAUGAAGAAACUGAAUGCUAACAUAUCAAUAAGCAUUAAAUGUUGAACUUAACAUUUUUGUAAAGCAGUCAACAUUUUGCCUACAUAUUUGAGCUUUAUUUUCAACUAACCAUAAUGCAUCCAUUGAAGAACAAAGUAUGAAAUCAUUUUGCCCAUUAUAUUAGAUUUACUAAGACUAAUAUAUUUUUUACAUAUAUGUAUACUUGCAUCUGUUAAUUUUGAUAUAAGAAAGAAUUUAAUAAAAACAAAAUUAAUCUC